AUGGUCAACCUCGAGAAGACCGCGAUGGCCGCUCAAGCGAACGAUGAGCCCGCUGCCGAGCGAGCUGAUACCCAGUUGCUAGGAACUUCGACGGCAUUAUUCGACCGUCCAGGUCUUCGCAAUAGCGUUCAGUAUCAUGGGCCUGUUGCCGUCUAUUGCCUCAACUUUAUCGUUUUCUAUACCUGCUGGUCCGGUGGGGAUGGUUUGGGAUGGCUUGCUGCUAGCGUGUUUAUCUUCAUUGUUGGACUUGCUAUGGCUGAUCUAGCAUCCGCGAUGCCAACCGCAGGUGGCCUCUACUUCUGGACGCAUUAUUUCAGCGGCGAAAAAUGGAAGAGACCUCUGAGCUUUGUUGUCGGAUAUAGCAAUACCAUCGGGCUUAUCGGGGGUGUCUGUUCUAUUGACUACGGAUUCGCUACUAUGCUGCUCGCUAUCAUAUCAAUCGCGCGGGAUGGCAACUGGUCUGCCUCCCGACCAAUCGUCUACGGGACAUACGUGGGUUGUGUGGUGGUUCACGGCCUCAUUGCUACAUUCUUCGCGAGGAUCAUGCCAAAGAUUCAGUCCGCAUGCAUUGUGACUAAUGUUGGCCUCGUCGUUGCCACCGUUCUCGCACUGCCCAUUGGUAAAGCAGUAAAUGGCGGAACGAUCAACUCAGGUUCAUAUGUCUUUGGGCAGUUGGAAAACUAUACAACUUGGCCAAGCGGAUGGGCGUUUGUGCUUGCCUGGCUCUCACCUAUCUGGACAAUUGGGGCUUUUGACUCCUGUGUUCAUAUGAGUGAGGAGGCCACGAAUGCUGCACGUGCGGUUCCAUUAGGGUUUCUUUCCCUAGCCGUAAUUGCGGCAGUUAUAAAUACAGACCUAGAGGCUGUGAUGGGCACUGCAUUUGGCCAGCCGAUGGCUCAAAUCUACUACGACUGCUUGGGGAAAGCUGGUGCCCUCGGCUUUAUGGCCGUAGUAGCAGCGGUCCAGUUCUUCAUGGGGCUGAGCUUGGUUGUUGCCGCCUCCCGCCAAAGCUGGGCCUUCUCUCGUGACGGCGCCCUCCCUUUCUCCUCCUUCUUCCGCCAUGUCAGCAAACGCAUUCGUUACCAGCCUGUCCGCAUGGUAUGGGGCGUCGUCGCGGCAGCCAUAACCAUCGGCCUUCUCUGCCUCAUCAAUGCGGCCGCCAGCAAUGCCCUCUUCUCUCUCGCAGUCGCCGGCAAUGAUCUGGCUUGGCUGAUGCCCAUAUUGUGCCGGCUAGUUUGGGGCGAGGACAGGUUCCACCCGGGUGUGUUCUAUACUGGGAGACUCAGCAAGCCAAUUGCGGUCACGGCGGUGGUUUACUUGUCUUUUGCAAUUCUUCUUUGCAUGUUUCCGACACUGGGCCCGAACCCUAAUCCGGACGAUAUGAACUAUACCGUCGUCAUUAAUGGGGCUCUUUGGGGCGGCGCGCUGCUGUAUUACAUGCUGUAUGCGCGCAAGACGUAUAAGGGUCCCCAAACGACAGUGCACGGCUCAUCGUCGCCAUCCUCUGCAGCUUCCACGAACCUCGAGCGCAAGGAGUUAGAAUCGGAGGAGAAACGAGGUACUGGUGGUGGCGAUAGUCGCGACGGUCUAAAGUGGGCUAAGCAAGUACCAAACGGCAAUGGCACCAUGUCAGCGGUCCGCAUGCGAUUACUUCAGAGCUGA